AACCGCUGUUUACGGUCUACUAAUUAGUCAAUAAUUAUAACCAACCGAAACCGGCCAGUACUUUGUUUACGCAGAAGCGAUAUUGUGCGCCCAGUUUUUCUCCGAUUCUAUAUCGAAAGCAAUUAUCAGUCGAAUUUGUUAAUAUCGCAGAGUUCGGAUUGUGCAUUGAUCAAGUUUAUAUAACGAGAAUUAUUUAUUGGCGCUAAUGCCAGCGAAAAUCCGUUCGAUAUUAAUUUUAAUAGAGAACAAUGAACUGACAGUUGUACGUAUACAGGGUGACUCAAGACACAGCGGCAGUAUUUCUACGUAAAAAAUGGCACGGAGUGUCUACGCCUACUUGUCGAUCAAUCUACCGUAUAGUCAUCAAUGAAAAUAUUUAGAGCAAAGUGAGCGAGAGUAUCGAAUCUGUGAGUAUUACAGAUUUUUAGACUGAAAACCAUCCUUAUUGUAUAGUGGAGAUGAUGAAUUUUCGGAGCUACAGCACGAGCUUUGCAAUACUUUUGGUACUAUCACCGGUGCUUAGUACAGGCGAUGCAACCGAAAAGCCGAAUAUUAUUUUUAUCUUAGCUGAUGAUUUGGGUUUCAACGAUGUAGGCUUCCGUGGCGCGAACGAUAUACAUACCCCCAACAUUGACGCUUUGGCCUACUCGGGGGUAAUUUUGCACAAUUAUUAUGUUACUCCGAUUUGCACCCCAUCCAGAAGCGCUCUGAUGACUGGCAAAUAUCCAAUUCACACUGGCAUGCAGCAUACGGUGCUAUUUGGAGCAGAACCAAGAGGAUUGCCCUUGACGGAGAAAAUCCUGCCGCAAUACUUGGAGGAUCUCGGUUAUGUGAAUCACAUAGUGGGCAAGUGGCAUCUAGGGUCUUACAAGAAAGAGUACACGCCGCUUUAUCGCGGUUUCAAGUCACAUUUGGGUAAGCACGGAACGAAAUGUUUCUGGACCGGUCACCAGGACUACUUCGACCACACGGCCGUGGAACGCCCCGGCUGGGGCUUGGACAUGCGUCGCAACAUGUCCGUCGCGUACGACUUGCACGGACAGUACUCGACGGAUCUGUUCGGUAGAGAAGCGGCGACGAUCAUCGAACAUCACGACACGUCCGCGCCCCUUUUCCUAUAUUUGGCGCAUGCCGCUGUUCACUCCGGCAAUCCCUAUAACCCGCUGCCUGCGCACGAUGACAAAGUGGAGAAAUUCAGGCAUAUCGGAAACUACCAGCGACAAAGAUUUGCCGGUAUGCUGAGCAGCUUGGACGAUUCUGUAGGAACCGUGAUUCGCGCCCUACAAUCACGUGACAUGCUGCGCGACUCCAUCGUUAUUUUCUCAACGGACAACGGCGGCCCGGCGAGCGGUUUCAACCUGAACGCCGCAUCCAAUUGGCCGCUGAGGGGCGUCAAAAACACGCUGUGGGAAGGCGGAGUCAGAGGGGCGGGGCUUAUAUGGAGCCCGAUCAUCACAAGGCGGAGCAGACUGCAUCAGGGAAUCAUGCAUAUCGUUGAUUGGCUACCUACGCUGUUGGAAGCGGCUGGCACGCCGACAAGCGAUAUCAAAAACUUGGAUGGUAUGUCGAUGUGGAGAAGCAUCACAGAGGACGUUAAUAGUGGGAGGACAGAAAUUCUACACAACAUUGACGAUAUCUUUGGGAAUGCUGCUCUGAGUUCAAAUGGAUGGAAGAUCACCAAAGGGGCAACUUAUGACGGCAUUUGGGAUUACUGGUACGGCCCUGAUGGGAGAAACCACACCUACAACGUCUCGUCGGUAGGAAAUUCUGCUGUUGGACAAGUGCUACGAGAUCUGAACAUGUCCACGUCUUCUCAGAAAAUCGAACAAUUGAGGAGAGCCGCGAAUGUCGAAUGUAAUGUGACAGACGAAGCAGAAGUCGUUUGUAAGCCUCUAGAAAGGCCGUGUUUGUUUCAUAUUGAAACGGAUCCUUGCGAAAAAGUCAAUUUGGCUGACAAGUAUCCAGAGAAGCUUCAACAACUACUGGAUAUUUUGGAAGCGUACAAUAGAACAGCUUUACCGCCUGAAAACUUACCUUUAGAUCCAAGGGGGGAUCCGAAAUAUUGGAACUAUGUUUUCACCAAUUUUGGAGACUACACUGAUAAAUAAAACUGUAGCAUUAAGUCGGAAAAUUGUACGAAGUUUUAAUUAAAAUUUACAUUUACAUGUUCUGUGACACACGGUAUUUUAAUGAAUUUUCAGCUAACGCUACAGGAUUUUUCAAUUACAUCUAAUGCGAUGUAUUUCGUUUUGUGGAUUUUCUAAUGGGAAAUAAAACACUCUGUAUGAUGGAAUUUUGUAUUAAACAUAAUUUCACAAUAAUAACAAAGGUUGUGUGUAUACAGAAAAAUAAAAUAGUUUGUGAAAAUCAUCUUGAAGCACCCUUCAGUCAUCUCUCAUCUCAUCCAGACCUAGCAAAAUGUUCAGAUCCGUCUCUGAUGAGUUGGCAACGCCGCAAUCCAGGUGACAAGAAUGACAAGGUUAUCUGUCAAGAUGGAUGUCUAUCCCGGGGUACCGUCGGUUUCUUUAGAACGACAAAGCGGCAGUUUUUCAAUUUUCCUUUGCAUUUUUUAAGUGUUGUGGAAUGCGUUCGGCCAUAUUUCGCUACGGAUAGUCUUCUAGGGUCUAGUGAGCAUUUCAACAGUUGUCUUGCGUGGCCAUGUUAUCUUUACUCGGACCAGAAUAUCGCAUUCUUACUUCUAUAUCUGUUUACAAAUUUAUGAUUUUGUAUGUAUCCCAUCAAGUCUCUUUCAGAUUAUUUGUUUAUUAUUUUGGGGUUUAAUUUUUACGCCAAAUUUGUCAAUAUCAAUCUUGGAUGACUUAUCUACUAAUAAGGCAAAACUGUAAUGUGCACUUGAAAUAUGUUCCAUAGUUUGAUGUUUAACUAUCAGCAAAAAUAUGGUGUCUUUAUUGAAGUGCAGGCCUAUGCAACUAGCAUUUCACUAGUAUGUUUGAAGAGUAAAU